AGCUUUCGCAGGAAAUUCGGCCGGGGAUAUAGCAGCUGGAUUAAUGACUAGACUGCGAUUCUACAUGACACCGCGAAGAGUUCAGAAGGACCAACAAUCAUCCAUGAAUAAAUACAGGCGUCGACAGAAUGUCUCACUGACACCGGGAUCGUUACCGCCGGAGUAAGACACCAGCUCCCCCUUUCCUCGUAUAAAAUGCCCCCGCGGAAACUGAUUUUCUCCAAUACAAACAUGAACACCAACCACAACCAACUGCGCUCUACAAACACCACCAACACGUGCGAAGCUUCGUCUUCCACUAUAACUCUUCGUCCUGAAGAGGAAUUCAAUCCGCAAUACUGCAAUCGAUGCGACCAGACACUAUGGUCGAUCGAGCUUAUGCGGGAUCAUCUCAACUUUUCUGGUCGACACCCGUAUUGCGGUACGUGCAAACGGGGAUUCUUGAACAACAACUCCUACAAGACGCACCUGAUCCUUUCCGAUUAUCAUCACCAUUGUGAUGAUUGCGAUGAGGAGUUCCAAUCCUCCUCUGCUCUUAAAAUUCAUUAUGAGCAAUCGGCUCGUCACCACCGUGAUUAUGAAGAAGGCGAUCGCGAUAAGCGCGCCGACGGGUGGGAAGACGAGCUUGCACGUCGACAAGAGCAAGAGGAGAACCGGGAAGAUCCUAUUGCCUUCGAAAAAAUCGAGGAGCAGACCCCUGUGUCCCGGGUAGAGGUUGGCAUUGCGAUCUUGAAUCUCAAGACGCACCUACAACGCCAACCAACACCGAAAGCUACCGUGAAGCAAACAUGCCCGGUGUGCUUGUGUCCGUCAUCGAAGAUGAGCGUGACGAAAUGUGGGCACGUAUUCUGUUCAUCAUGCAUCCGUCAGACCUUUGAAAAGAGUCAGGGAUGCCCAUCGUGCCGAAAGCCUGGCCAUCUUAGCCAGCUGCGAAAGAUCGAUUUGCAUAUACAUUAGUGCUAUCGAUGGACGCUUGUAUAUACCACGGACUUUUUUUCAAUAUAUACCAUUUACAACAUGAUCAAGCGGGCGUCUUCAACAUCGGCUACCGAACGAAUACUCAUCCUCACUCGUUGUCGGCCCAUUCGUCUGGUCAUGGCAUCUUUUCAAGAAGGCUUGCCCACUUCUGGUCCUUGUACCACCGGCCAUCGGAGAUUGCACUACUUUGUGAAACCCCUCGCCUGCGGUGACCUAUUCCGCUCCUUUUCCGCUGGUGCACGCUCUGGUCAUGACCAAACGUCCUGUUCUCUCCUUUUAAAUCAUUGUAGGCGGCGAUGGGUGGCGGUCGCACUCUUCAAAUUUAUGGUAUGCAG